AAAGUACACACGUGUGUGUGUGUGUGUGAGUGUGUGUGUGAUACCGGCACAAAGGAGAAGUGGCAGAAGUGGCAGCUCCUGUCUGCGACGUGGACGGUGAGGGAAAGGAAGCCGACCCCGAGGACCAAAUCGGAUCGAAGUGAGGAGGACGACUCGGGACCCGUGUGUGGAUAAUGCCAGGCCUCCCUGUCUGGAGGCCAUCUGACCUAGCAGUGUAGAGGCACGGCGGGGGCGGGGGAGGGGGGCGGCCCAUGAGGGAGCUCCUCACCAUGAGGUGACUCACGCUUUGGGAGGAUACCAGAAGUGGGAAUCAUGUGAGACACAGCCAGAGAAUCCUCCUGAAUCCUCGGCAGAGUGCCGCCCGGGACCCCCGACCCCCUCCCCAUCCUGCUCCUCUUUUGUCUCCCGCAAUGUCCACCAACAGCAGCCUCCUGCCUGAGAACAUCUCCUCCAGCAACUGGACCUGCAGCAAGAACGAUGGCUUCAAGUAUCCGCUGUACAGCACCGUCUUCAGCAUCGUCUUCGUGGUGGGCCUCAUUACCAACGCGGUGGCCAUCUACAUCUUCACCUGCUCCCUCAAGCUGAGGAACGAAACCACCACCUACAUGAUGAACCUGGUGGUGUCCGACCUGCUCUUCGUCUUCACGUUGCCCCUGCGGGUCUUCUACUUCAUCAACCGGAGCUGGCCCUUUGGCAGCGUUCUGUGCAAGGUGUCCGUCUCGCUCUUCUACACCAACAUGUACGGGAGCAUCCUCUUCCUCACCUGCAUCAGCGUGGACCGCUUCCUGGCCAUCGUGCACCCGUUCCGCUCCAGGACGCUGCGGACCAAGCGUAAGGCCAAGAUGGUGUGCACGGCCGUGUGGGUGCUGGUGCUGUCCGGCAGCCUGCCCACGGGCUUCCUGUUGGACACCACCUCGCACGACAGGAACCGCGCCAACGCCACCUUCUGCUUUGAGAACUUCUCCUCCAGCCAGUGGAAGGCCCAUCUGUCCAAAGUGGUCAUCUUCAUCGAGACGGUGGGCUUCAUCAUCCCGCUGCUCCUCAACGUGUGCUGCUCCGUCAUGGUGCUGCAGACGCUGCGGCGCCCCCACAAGGUGAGCCGCGGCGGCAAACUCAACAAGACCAAGAUCCUUCGCAUGAUCGCCGUGCACCUGUCCAUCUUCUGCUUCUGCUUCAUCCCCUACAACCUCAACCUGGUCUUCUACUCCCUGGUGCGCACCAAGACGCUGAAGGGCUGCUUUGUGGAGUCGGUGGUGCGCACCAUCUACCCCAUCGCGCUCUGCAUCGCCGUCUCCAACUGCUGCUUUGACCCCAUCGUGUACUACUUCACCUCGGAGACCAUCCAGAACUCCAUCAAGAGGAAGUCUCAGUUGGGUCGCCCGUACGGCACCAAGUUCUCUGAGGCCCUGCGCUCCGAGUCCGGCUCCGACAUGCCGUGCAGCCUGGGGAAUCUCAAAGCAAAAGUUCUUCGCAACGAGUCCUCGGUGUGAGCGUUUGCGUGGAUGGCAAAAUAGCACCUCCGUCUCGGGAACCGCGUGGAACUCCCGCUUUGGAUUUAGGAGGAUCCCUCCGAGUGCUUUGGAUCCCUCCGAGUGUCGUCCCGUCAUCGCGCCAGGAGCCCGGGAGGGAACACCCUCGUUGAACUGCGAUGGCAUGUUUGUGUACAUAUCUGUGGUGAGUCACGGUGCUAGCUUUAGCUUAGCUUUUCUUCAAUCAACAUGGAGGAACGUGACGUCUCUUUGCUCGCUUCCACUUUGAGGCGAGUCCCUGCACUGAUUGUUGUGUGUCAAAUAAAGCCACUGCACCACACUUUGGCCGCCAGACUUUGUUUGACGGGCAUUGGGCAACAAUACUCGGUUCUGUAGCGCAAGCUAGAGCUCGGUGGGGAAGUGGAGCGUUUGACUCUCGCCAGGGCGUGUCAACUUCCUGUGUGGCAAGAAGGGGAAGGCUUGUGUAAACUUUGAGAGAAAAUACUGUAUUUAUAUUCGUUAUACAACGGCUGGCCAAAGUGCUGCCCGCUCCGUAUUCUAAAAUACAACUUAACCAGGAGCGGCCAUUUUACAAUACUAGUCAAUAACGUCAUCAUUUUACGAGAAUGUUGUAAAGUCACCAUCGUUUUAGUAUCAUAAAGUUAAAAGAACCAAACAUGUUUUAAAGUGGUAUACUGUAUAGACCAGGGGUGCUCACACUUUUUCAGCAUGCGAGCUACUUUUAAAAUGACCGAGUCAAAAUGAUCUACCCACUACAAAAAUGCAAAACAUCUAUUUAUUUUCAAAUGUAUUGAGGAUUAUUUGUACGUACAAUGUAUGUUGAUGUACCUUACAUAACCAAAUGAGCCAAUAUUGCAAAACACACAUAAUUAACUAUGAACAUUUUUUGUAAUUACCUGAGUUUACUUUGAUGACUUGCACUGAAUUGAACCAGCCAGGGAUGCAUAGUCCGGACAGUAGCUGCUGAUAGCCAGCCUCAAGCACACUUCCAAAUGUUUAUCAGUCAUGGAUAAUAUCCGUAUCAUAAUAUCCGUAUAAUAUUCCAUAUCCGUAUGGAAGUCAUAUGUUUUUUGCCUUUUUACUUGGUCCAGCUCCUUCACUCAUUUUAGUGACCAUAAACUUUAGCGAGGGCUUAAAAUCUCGCAAUUCGCAGACUAGCUUAGCACUUUGCAUCGUUGUUUACGCAUGAGCGGUGACCUAAAGGUCAAAAUUCAGUUGUCAUCUGACUGGUUGUCCUGUAUGUCAAUCAAGUAACGGGGAUGGAUGAUAGGCUGACAUCGUAAGUUCUGCUGCACUUAGAGACGUUGUUUGAUUUGAUUGGUCGCCCGAAGGGCAACAUUCAGUUGUCAUCUGAAUGGCUGCCCUGUAUGUCAAUCAAGUGACGGCAUUGAUGCUGGGAUGAUAUUUUUUUAAUGUCACGCCGCGAUCGACCAGCGAUCGACCAGUACCACCUCCGUGAUCGACCGGUAGCUCGCAAUCGACUUAAUGAGCACCCCUGGUAUAGAGAGUACAUACAUACGUAUACUGUACAUACAGUAUAUCUUCUUAGUGUUGCUUCACCCAACAUCAAAAGUGUGAAAAAGUUAGGACACCAACUAAUUUUAGGUUUCUGGUUCGAUCCUCUGCCCUGCCGAUGCCACGGGCCCCGUGUGUCUUGGGCCAGUGAGUGAGGUAAAGGUUGGAUGGCGAAUGCAAGUGCAGUCUGUGGAUGUGAUGUCAACAGAAGAGGUCAAGGACGCCGCACAGGACCGUUGUUGUGAAAACACACCUGGCUGUUUGUGUUUAGGUCCUGUCUUUGGUAUUCUUGCCUUAUUCGGUGAUGACCAAUUAAAAACUGGAUCAGUACUUUCACUGGGCGUGUCAAUGGCACCGAAAUCCAUUCUGGGAGGGAAAUCCUGAUUUUUUUUCUCAAAAAAUACAUUUAUUUGUCUUUUUUUUUUCCAUUCCACCCAAAAUUUUAGUUAUUUUUUUUCAAAAAACAUAUCUCAUUCAGCCUUAAAAAUAAGAUUAUUUAAAGUUGAAAUAUUCCAGAAAAAUACUUUAUUUUCUAAAUUAUCAAAUGAGAAGGAAAAGAAAAAAUAAAGUGGCAGUUUUUGGAAAAUUAGGUUACAAAAAAGUUAAAUGAUGAGAAUUAAUUUUACAGGAAAAAU